AUGUCUAUCAUUCUAUUCACUCUAAUUAUUUCAUUUUCAUUAGCACUUAAUCAUUGUAUUGAAUCAAAUGAUAGUGGAUGUAGUAAAUGUGAAAUUGGAUUUAUGUUUGGUAAAACUUCAGAUAAUAAAAUUACUUGUAUAAGGGCAGAUGCUAAUUGUGAGGUUUUUGUAAAUAGUUCUACUGAUUUAAGUAAUUAUAACGUUGGUUGUUCUCAAUGUUAUUUAGGGUUUAGUAGAAUUGAAAAAAUUGAAAACCAAAUAUCAUUUAUUGGAUGUCAACAGACAUGUAUUGGUUGUGAUGAUGAAAGUGGAUGUGAUCCUAUAUUAAAACAAUGUAUUUCUUGUCCAACAGAAAAACCAAUUCAAACAGCUACUAAAUUACAUAAUGGAGAUUAUGUUUUAACAUGUAUUUCAUUUGAAAAUGAAUGUUUAACUAUAUCACCUUAUGUUAACCAAAUUCCAACUGAUUUAUCUACACUUGGAUGUUCUAGUUGUGAUAAUACACUAGAAAAACAAUUUGUAAAUUUAGAUAAUAAUAAAAGAACAACACUUUGUAUUACAAAAUGUACUAAUUCACAAACAUUAGAUAAUUAUCAUUGUAUUGAAUGUAAUACAAUAAAUGGAUGUAUUAGUUGUAGUAAUAGUACAACAUGUAUAGAAUGUUCAGAAGGAUAUCAUUUAAGUCAAACAAAUGAAGGAAAAUGUUAUCCAAAUUGUGAAAUUGAAAAUUGUGAUAAUUGUGGAAUUGAUUUAAAUACAAAUGAAACUAUAUGUUUAUUAUGUACUAAAGAAUCAACAUUAAUUGAUAAAAAAAUAUGUUCAAAAUGUUCUUCUAUAACAACAAAUUGUUCUGAAUGUUAUCAUGAUAAAUAUGGUUGUAAAUUAUGUAAUAAAGGAUAUGUUCAUUCAUCAGAUAUUGGUUGUAUUUUAUCUGAAAUGGCUAUUCCACAUUGUUUAAAUUAUGAAGAACAAACAAUUGGAUGUAUUCAAUGUGAAAAUGAUUAUGUUUUAGUAUCAUCUACUUUAUGUAUUUCAUGUAAAGAUUAUUUUACAAAUUGUUUAGAAUGUAAUUCAACUCAAUGUAAUGUUUGUGAAGAAAUGUGGGUAUUUGAUUCAUUAAAACAAGAUUGUGUUUAUGAUUCAUCUUCAUUAUUAUUUAUCAGUAUAGGAUUAAUAAUAAUGAUUAUACUUUAA